CCGCUGGGCGCUUUGAUAUUGCGUCAUUCCUGCGACUUCCUGUUUCCAAUAUGGCUGCGUCCAGGCUAGAGAUCAAUUUUAUCAGGUUAUUAUCGCGUUGUGAAUCUAUUGCUUCCGAAAAAAGAGGAGAAAUGGAAUGGAGGCUGGAGAAGUAUGUUGGGGCCUUGGAGGACAUGCUGGUGGCUUUGAGAAAGAGCCCAGGCAAACCUACUGCAGAGAUCCUGACAGACUAUACACGUAAAGUAGACUUCCUCAAAGGCCUUAUAGAGGCUGAGAAGCUGCCAUCACCUUCAGAGAAAGCUUUAGCUAAUCAGCUCCUGGCACCAGGUCGCACGCCCACCAUCUCCAGUGAGAGGAUGUCGGCCACCAAGACAGUACACAUGCAAAGUAAAGCACGGUGCACAGGGGAGAUGCGCUCUGAGCUCUUUGGCACUGGUGCUUCAAGUGCAGGUUCUGGAACAGAUCUGAGACAUCGGAGCCGCAGUGUCCCAGCAGAUGAGUGCGAGAGUGCAGCUGAGCUGGAUGCUGUACUGCAGCACCAUCACAGUCUGCAGGAGAAACUGGCUGAGGACAUGCUGAGCCUCGCACGCAACCUGAAGAACAACACACUCGCUGCACAGAACAUCAUUAAACAGGACAAUCAGACUCUGAGUCAGUCCAUGCGACAGGCAGAUAUGAACUUUGAGAAGUUGAAGACUGAAUCGGAGCGACUGGAGCAGCAUGCGAAGAAAUCUGUCAACUGGCUGCUGUGGCUGAUGCUCAUAUUAGUCUCAUUCACCUUCAUCAGUAUGAUUCUGUUCAUCCGCCUCUUCCCCAGACUCAGGUGAUGUGGCCUGACUCAAACAGCGCGUUUAAAACACACACACACACACACACGUGUGUGUGUUUUGCAUAUGCAAACUCCCCCGAAGGCCUGGAAGUGACUUGUAAGGAUCCUGUACCAUUUUAACAGCAAGCAUGGCCAAUGUUCCUGCUUUAACACUAAUCCCAGUUCUUUAUACCUGAUUCAUUAACGCCUGUAGAAGAUAGUCUUACAGUCACACUUUGUCUGCAGUCUAGAAGCCACUGAGUGAUCGACACAUGAAUGCUGAUGUUGUCUGGAAUAAAGAUUUUAGUCUUGGACUAGGACAUGUCUUUGGGUGAUCAGCAAACAGACCUCAUUGACUCAUCACAUCCUUAUACUGGGCUCUGUGCUGUGGCACCUACACAAGCAUCCUGGGGUUAAACAAAUAGAAAAUGGACUCAAACUGUGUUAAUGUCUAUUGUAGAAAUGUGUGCAGGACUGUGUCUCUCUUUUAUCGUUUCUUUCUAAAUCACAUUAACUGCA